UCUCUCCCGGUACCUUCCGUUAAUCUCGCACAGCCACUAGGAGCCGCGUCCACCGCUAGGAUGAUAGCGAGGCGGCUAAAUGUUUGCUAAAGACAAACCGAGACAUGCGGGAUCUGCAGCCGUGACGGGGAGAAGACGAAAAGAGACGGAUCAGUAAAUAGGCAGAGAUUAUUUUUCACUCCCUUGUGCAGUUUAAAAAUUGUUGUCUUCACUGGAGCUCUGCCAUGAUGCCCGAGGUACGGGACCUGUCCGAUGCCCUGCCGGAGCUGCCCAUGGACCCCAUCACUGGGGUUGGGGUGGUGGCCUCGCGGAACAAGGCACCCUCUGGCUACGAUGUGAUUUCUCAAACGACAGACGGCUUUGAUGCAGACUUGUGGAAGGAUGGCUUGUUCAAGUCCAAGGUCACACGCUAUCUCUGUUUCACCCGAGUGUUCUCCAAGGAAAACAGCCAUCUGGGAAACGUGCUGGUGGACAUGAAGUUGAUCGACAUGAAGGACACCCUGCCAGUGGGCUUCAUCCCCAUCCAAGAAACGGUGGACACACAGGAGCAGGCCUUCAGAAAGAGGAGGCUCUGCAUCAAGUUUAUCCCGCGCGACUCCACCGAGGCGGCUAUCUGUGACAUCCGCAUCUUGGGCAGGUCCAAGCAGGCCCCCCCGCAGUAUACCUUCAUCGGGGAGCUGAACAGCAUGGGUAUCUGGUACCGCAUGGGGAAGGUGCCCCGGGCAGAGGAGCCCGCCCAGAACCAGUCGCCCGCCACCCAGCCGGUCACUUCCGCCUCCACGCCCUCGCCGGCUCCCGUGCCCAUCCCCAUUCGGCACAUCUCUAUGACACUCCCGGCCAACUUCAGCAGGAAGAGCACCACCCGGCCAGACCACGAGCACCAGAACUCCAACCUGUACGCCAUCUCAGCAAUGGAUGGAGUACCUUUCAUGAUCUCUGAGAAGUUCGCCUACGUCUCCAGCGAUCUGCAGCAGGUCGAUCUGAUGGCCAUUACGAUCAAAUCGCUGGCGGAGAUCGAGAAGGAGUAUGAGUACAGCUUCCGCACGGAGCACAGUGCCGCGGCCCGCCUGCCCCCGAGCCCCACGCGCUCCCAGCUCAGCUCGGAGUCCUGAGCAAGCGACGACCCAGCCGGGGGAGGGCGGGGCCCAAGCACGCAGCGCACUCACACUACUGAGAACGAGCCAGUAGCAUCGGCCGGGCGGAGGAGCGAACGCGCCUCCCCCAGCCCCCCUCACCCUCCCAGGCGGCAGCCUCACCUCCAUUCUUGGAUGUCCUUUUUUUUUUUUUUUUUUCUUUUUUUUAAAUACGAAAAAGACCAGUUUCAAAUUCAUGUUGUGAAACGCGGAAAGAGAGAGAGUGAGAAACCACUGACACGAAGCCCCGAGCCUACAGCUGUGGUCACCUGCCCUCCUGAGCCUGCCUGCUGCACCCUUUCUCCUGUGUCUCUCCAGGUGCUGACUGGAGCUUUGAGACAAAAGGACAGAAAUGUCCGAACCGCAGUGUGUGAACUCUACUAUGUGUGAAACCACUAUGAGGAACAGAACAGCCCGGGACUAGGCCCGGACUGACCGUGAAGGCUACCUUAAAUUGUGCAUGGCCUGGCUUGCUCCUCAUUCACUCCAUUUCUAGUCCGUCUGUCACUCCUGGUCUUGGGUGGCUUGGGAGAGAGAGUGUGGAGCGGCGUAGAGUCCCAGCUUGCAGCUGUGAGGCCCGCAGGGCUCCCAGAGAGGCACCUGUGUCCCCAAGCCAUCCUUUGUCCUCUUGCCACUGUCACUUUUAGCUCUUUAUCGUCACGUCUGAAGAUGCUUCCCUAGCUGAGAGCUAAAGUUUAACCACAGGCAGCCCCAGACUCAGGGGUGUUCUGUGCGUGAAGCUGUUUUAAGCCCCAGGGCAGCCUGUUUUCGCCUUUUAGUUUUAACCCUGUCACUUUUUAACUCCAGACUAUUUAUGCUUAAUGGAUUAAUUGUUGUGCUUUUUAAUUUUUUUUAUUAUAUACUUUUUGCACUGUAUCGAAGUUUUUUGUUUUCACUCCUUUCAGUCUGAGCCAUUUUCUCAGCAGCUCCACCAGAGUAAUUACUUGCAUCCUGUCACUCCUGUUUAAAAAAUGAAAUGACAUAUUGUUGUGGGGGGAGGGGGGGUUGAGUUUGCCAUUUAGGAUCGGCCGAUGGAUGAGAGAGUCAAGAUGAAACCGAAGUCCAUCCUCUCUGUGUGGAGAAGCAUCAAAGGGAUUCGUUGCACCACUGUAAUGACGGAAGUUUACUCCUGGAAUGAAAACAUUGGUUUCAAUAAUCACGUUUUUCUUUGUUCUUCUAAAUUUGUCAACACAAGGGGAAGUUCUCCUGAGAGAUGUGGGCACGGCAACAUUACAACUGGUCUUUCCAUCUGUCACAGAAAACCUUAAUGCUGCUUUUCAUGUCAUGUGCACAAACCUGUUUUUAAUUACAGAAAAACUGUAAAUGUCUUGAUGCAACAGAUUUUACGUCCCCAUGCAUUAGCAUCCUUAAGAUCGCACACUAGAAUGACACCUGCAGCUUAGUGCUUUUAAACUGCACUCGUUUGAUCUGUUUCGGUUUUUCGUAUAAGCAUUAGAGUGCAGAGAUCUCCCUUGUUCCACUGAGGCCUAUGCCUGCCAUAGCCGAACGUAUCAUUUAGUGUUUCUCUUCUGUUCUCAGGCACUGUGAUUUUUCCCAAGUCUCAUCAUUUGCUCCUUCCCCACCGAUUGUUUUUGUGACUAAAAUGUAAACGACCGUUAUCUCGUGCACCACCUUUUUGCAUUUGAUUACUUUUCCUCAUUCUCCCAUUCACAAAACGAUGGCAUUCCCGUGAGUGCUAUCCUGUACCGAGGAACAAAUGAUGGUUUUUUUUUUUCCAAUCACGAGCAAACACUGCCACUGUUCACCUGGCUAACCUCAACAGAUGCUGCCAGACAAACAUUCUCUGACUUUAAUGCGAUUUCUGUUUGGUGCUUGGGCCAGAUGAACCAGCCCUGCCCUCUUGCUACGUUAAACCCACUGGGCUGAACCUGUGAGCUCUACAUCGUCGUACUUGCUGACCGCUUGCAUGUUUACAGAUGUUCUUUGUGGGUUUGCCGUAACGUGUCGUUGCUUUCAGUUCUGAAUCCACGAGGCUGUGAUUUGACAAAUUGCCUUUCUUUAUGUGUACAGACUCCGCCUUGACACUGCAUGUGUUUUUUUGUCUCUCUCUUCUGUAUCAAGCAAUUUAUAAACACAUUUCAAAAUGUGAAAUUUGGGAGAGCUAUGCAGAAGUUUUUAGUUGUUUUUCCAUAAAUGUGACAUUAACAUAACUAUGAGGGGAGGGUGGGGGGGGCUGGGGUGAAUUCCUUAAAAAUCAAAAAAUUUUGUGCUCUUUAGUGAAGCAUUAACAGACUUCCCUGUUACUGGUUCUGAGUGAUUUCCCCCCCAGAGGGAGCGAUAUCUCCACGGGCGACAUUUUUUACCUCUGCGUGUAACCCGCUGUCCAGUCGAUCCCAUGGCCCCAUGUUGGCUGGUCUAACGCGAGGAUCCGAAGCAUCUCGGCUUGUAACAGCCAGCGUCUGGGCUGACUGAGGCCGCGUACGUGUUUCCAGAGGUGAACACGCAUGGUGCCGUUGUGUGCAGCCGCUCGUCACCAGUUAAAAAUGAUAAAUCUGGAUCAACAGCGGCCACUUCGGCUGUAUUUUCCAUAUUUGGUCUCCUCCUUUGGAAGCUGUGACUUAAAAAAAUUAGUUUUACUAGCAGCGUGCAAAUGUUCUUGGUUUUGUUACCUCCCGGGUCGUCGUUAACAGCAGAGAGACCGCUGAAGACGCUACUGUAAAACGGUCUUAGUUUGCAGCGUCAGUGAUGUGGGUUCGGUUCCAUGCAGACUCUUGCGUCAUGGAACGUCGUCUGUGUGUGUGUGUGUAUAUAUAUAUAUUUUUAAAUAAACAACACGAAUGGAGCAUUUCUCUCCUGUGGUUCCAUUUUAAAGUAACUAGUCAAGAACAACCCCCCCCACAACCAUUAAUCUGAGGCUCAUUUCAUCCUACAGUUUAGAUCAAAGGCUCAUGCCAAUUGUGUCAGUCUGUUUGGGAAUGUUUCAAGUAAGGAUAUAGAAAAAUAAAAUCUUCAAAGGGGCAGACCUUUCGAUGGUGAAGUGACAUGAGGCUGCAGUGUGGUGGCAGACGUCCCCCGGCGAGGGGGCUGUGGUCACUGGGAAGGUUGAAGGUCGGCUGGGAGGGAGAGGCGCAGGUGAUCGUCACGGCGCCCUGUCUAGGCCGUUUUAAGCGGAUUCAGACAAUCGGACAGGAUUUCCCUCCUGCUAGUGUUGCUGGAGCCCUUCCCUGUGAUCGUACAUCAGGCUUUAUUAUGUUCUGAAAGAGCUACUCGGCCCGAUAUGCUUCAAAAUACCACCGUUCCUCAGCAGGCUGGUUCUGCAGAAUAACAAAUUGCGUGUCAGGGCCGUUCCAAAAAGCCUUACUUCACUCUUCUGGCCAGUGUGCCCCCACCUCCAGCUCAAUCCUGAGUGCCUUGGCAGUGUGACCAUCUCGCACAUAGUAAAACUCUUGGAGAAGCUGAGAUUUAUUUUCUUUUUCCCACAUUUUUUAUUCUGAGGUAAAACAAUUGAAAUGGUGCAAGUCUAUCGUUCAGUUACAGUUAGUCCCUGUGUUAGUCGUUGCAUUUUGCCGUUCCUCUUUCCCUGGGAUCACUCAAGCUCUUAGUGCUGUGAACUGAAACUGGGCUUCUUAAAGUGUCCCAUAGCCCCCUUGUUGUCUUUCCUUUGUAAAUGUGGGGUGUCUUCUGUAAAUAGCCGCCGUGACAGUAUACGAUCUGAUCUGUCCCCCCCUGAACCUGUGAUGAAGCAGGUGCAUUUCUGUGAUUGCCAAAACCGAACCGCGAGAUGCUCGACUGGAAUGGGCACCUUCUGCAGAUUGAAUGGGGAUGCUGGAAGAGGUUUGCAUGUUUUCUGCAGCCAAGAUCCAUGUAUGAACCACAAAUGUGUGAUGAUAUAAAAAAAAAAAACAUGUAGGAAUUGUAACUUUUUUUUGUAUUUAUUUUAGGAUCUGUUCUUAUUUUACAAAGGGACGUAUCAUUGUGUGAUUAUUAGUCUGUAUUAAUAUAAUUUGAAUAAAAUUCCAUUUAGUGGC